CGGGUUGGCGCAGCGGGUUUGGCCUCACUGCGCAGGCCCGGGCGCUGGCGCCGGCGUGGUCCCCAUGGAGCCUCUGUAGCGGAGCUCUAGCCUCCAGCGAGUGGGAGAGUCAGGAAUGAGCGCAGCGGAGGCCGACCACUGGGCGUGGCUGCUGGUGCUCAGCUUUGUGUUUGGAUGCAAUGUCCUCAGGAUCCUCCUCCCGUCCUUCUCCUCCUUCAUGUCCAGGGUGCUGCAGAAGGAUGCGGAGCAGGAGUCUCAGAUGAGAGCGGAGAUCCAGGACAUGAAGCAGGAGCUGUCCACCGUCAACAUGAUGGAUGAGUUCGCCAGAUACGCCAGGCUGGAAAGGAAGAUCAACAAGAUGACAGAUAAGCUCAAAACUCACGUGAAAUCACGGACGGCUCAGUUGGCCAAGAUCAAGUGGGUUAUGAGUGUUGCCUUCUACAUACUGCAGGCUGCCCUGAUGGUCUCCCUCAUCUGGAAGUAUUACUCUGUGCCUGUGGCCGUGGUGCCGAGCAAAUGGAUAACUCCGCUGGACCGCCUGGUGGCGUUUCCCACUAGAGUCGCAGGUGGUGUUGGGAUUACCUGUUGGAUCUUAGUCUGUAACAAAGUGGUGGCUAUUGUGCUUCACCCUUUCAGCUGAGAAGGACGACAGAUACAGCUCUGAUGCUUUUAAAAAUGGACUUGCGGUUAAAAAUCUGGCUUAACUGUUUUGUUUGUUUUGCUAUUUUUCUUUAAAGACACAAAAACACACAGGUUAGUUCUUCUGUCCAAUGUGCUUGUUCUCGGACUUCACAUGAGAUUCUCGUAAGAGCGGCGAGAUGCGCGCUUGGCCCUGAGCCCGCUCAGCAGCAGAGCUGUGAUGAGAUGUCUCAGGCGUCACGGGCGGCAGCUGCGUGUCGUCACCCACGACUCAUACUCUCGGCGUGUUUUAAAGGUCACGUUGCCAAUUGGAAAGUUAGCCUCUUCUAAUAACUUAAGUACUUUAAAGACUUCAUGUUAUUUUUUAACCCGGGUUAGAAAGCAACUUACGUAAGAUCACUGGUGGGAUUUGCAAAUGUGUUUUUAAUGUCAUGCAGCGAGCGCUGUUAAGGGGUGACACUAACCAACAAUGCCCGUGCUUUUCCUCUGGUUGGAAUGUCCGUGGCCGAGCAGGCCCUUGGAGGGCGUUACCCACUUACUUGACGCUGUUAAUUAUUCAUUUCCAGGUUUUAUCAUUGUAUUCAUGAAACCAUAAUGCAUUGUCUUGUACUUGAUUUGUGUGUUUUGUUAUUUAAAGCAUUGCAAAUGAAGUGUAUUUUAUAAGCAUUUAAUAUUUAUAGUCCAUAGAAUGGAACAAAGUUAAAAAAAACAAAGUAGGAAGCCUGAUGAAUUAAUUCAUGGUUACAUGUUUGACCCCUAAAGUGUAAUUCUGCUAAAUACUUUUUAAAACACUUUUUUUCUAAUUAAAAUCUGUGCAAGUGCCUGUGUGACUCCCUUCUUUACGGCCGCUGUUUGCCAUGACCAGUCUGUAACUGACAAGUAGCAGGGGGUUUAACUGUUGACUAAAUGGGCCACGGCACCAUCAAGCUAAAUUCCACCCCUGGUUUUCUAAUUCUUGUUUCUUCCAUUGCAGUUGUCCCCGUCUUCCCCACUCUGCCCCCCUCCGCCCAGCCCCACCCCAACUCCCACAGGCUGUGCCCACACCGUUCCCUAGCUUUGAAAAGGUCAUGCUUGUAUCCCUGUGUCCCUAAUGAUCCGGCAAGGGGCUCUCUCCGAUUCCUGCUGAUGGUGCCGUGAAGAGACACCGUGCUGUGUCCCUUUGGUUUGUCACUGCGGAGUGGGUGUCUGGUUGCCCUGACCACUCAGACGGGUGCAGUGGCACGGUGACGUGGCCCUAAGAAAGGACGCAGCACAGGGAACACAGCGUGUUUCUAGCAGACAGCCUCGUGGGGUCUCAGUCACCACACGGGGCAUGUCCUGGCCACCAGGGAUGCAAAGCCAACCUGGGAGGCAGGUGGUGGUGGCAUGAGGAAGUUGCAGGAUCCGUCGCCCGUUUGCAGGGAGCUGCAGGCAUCAAGGGCGGGGCGGCCAGGCGCACAUGCCCAGGGACGUCCUGGGAACACUAAUCUGAUGAAGUCUCCCUGAUGAGACCCUCAUUUGUCUCCCAAGGAUAUAUUCUUUCAGUUAGUACUGCAAUCUUGACAGAUCGCACUGAGGCUAGAGGAAAAGGUUUACAGUUCACAGCCGUUCAGGCUUUCUGUAUACACUAGUAGUUAAUGAAGAGCAUGGUCACUAGGGGAAAUUUAAAUGUCUGUCAUAUUUCACAUCAUUGUGUUUUUUCAAAAACGAUUUGUUUU